AUGGUUGUAUGCUUUUGAGACUCGCUUCUUUUACUUGAAUGGUGCAUUAAAGGUUUCGAUCGACAGUGUUUUAUCUUUAACGUUUUGUAUAGUUAAAAGGGCGCAGUGUUUCUCCCGGCAGGACCUUUGCUAUAAUGGCUACACGUAUUCGACCAAGCAGUAAACGGUGUGCAGUGAUCGGGGGCUCUGGUUUCCUGGGCAGACACUUGGUGGAGAAGCUGCUGGAUCGGGGAUAUUCCGUGUGUGUGUUUGACAUCCGUCAGAGCUACGAGCUGCCAGGCGUCGCCUUCCACCAGGGAGACCUCUGCGACACCCAGGCUCUGCUGUCGGUUCUGAAGGAUGUGUCUCUGGUUUUCCACUGUGCAUCUCCAGCCCCAGGGAGCGAUGACCGUGAGCUUUUUGAAAAGGUCAACAUUCAGGGCACACAGACAGUUAUUCAGGCCUGCAUUGAAGCAGGAGUGCAGAAACUGGUCUUAACAAGCAGUGCGAGUGUGGUGUUCGAGGGGACAGACAUUAAAAAUGGAAGAGAGGAUCUACCAUACGCCAAGAAACCUAUCGACUACUACACUCAGACCAAAAUUGAACAGGAGAAGUUGGUCCUUGCUGCAUGCGACCAGCAGAAGGGUUUCCUAACGGUCGCUAUUCGGCCUCACGGUAUCUUCGGCCCUCGGGACCCACAGCUGGUUCCCAUCCUGGUGGACACGGCUCGCAGGGGCAAAAUGAAGUUCAUAAUCGGUGACGGGAAAAACCUGGUAGAUUUCACAUAUGUGGAAAAUGUUGUCCAUGGACACAUCCUGGCUGCUGAGCGACUGAGACCAGACUCUCCCAUCUGUGGGAAACCUUAUCACAUCACCAACGAUGAGCCAAUUCACUUUUGGGACUUCAUGUCCGAUGUAUUGGUGGGUCUGGGAUAUGCUGCUCCACGCUUUCACCUCCCCUACAGGCUUGUGUACGGACUGGCGCUGCUACUCUGGCUGCUGACCUGGAUCCUGCGUCCUUUUGUGUCUUUCAAACCCACCUUUACACCCAUGAGAGUGGCUUUGGCCGGAACACACCACUACUACAGCUGUGAGCGGGCCAAAGAGCACCUGGGCUACAAGCCAGUGGUCACUCUGAGGGAGGGGAUCACACGCACGGUGGAGAGCUACCCUCAUCUCAAAUGUGGGGCUUGAUGCUCAGGUUUAGUAUUAAUGCAGAACGCUUGAUCAGGUUGCACUGAAUGGACAAAUCAAAGUGACAGACGUUGGUGAUAAUCCUUACCUGUGCCUUCUCAUGCCAUGUGUCAUUUCCACCAGCAGAUGGCAGCAGAUGGUCGUUAUAUUGGUCCAUGUGACAGUUGAAAGUGUAAUUUCUUACAUAUUAUUAUAAUAGUUCGAUGACAGUUGAAUUAAGUUUUAUUUGAAUUGUUUUAUAUAUGUGUUAUUUACCCACAAAGCACUUAGACUCUGCUGCUCUGAUAUCAAAAUGCCUUAAUACAAUCCACUAGCUGCUCCCUCUAGCUAGAUCUCAGUGUUUGCUGAGUUUGCUAAAAAAGUUUUCUUACAAAUGUGGGCAUUGACACUGUUCUCUUGUCCAUUCUUCCUUACUGUGAAAAAUGAAUAGAUGGUGAAAAAAUUAUUAUGUACAAAUAAAUGCUAU